AUGGCGCUGAACGACGAGCAUCUUGUAUCGCUAGUACAAGACAAGAGCAAUCCUCUAUAUAAGUUCCAGGGAAGGAAACCGUCGAGUGGUGAGGUAUGCAGACGGAGGUGGUUAGCUCUUCGCGAUCGGUAUGGCAGAGAAGCCAGAAAAUCAGAAGCACCAUCAGGCAGUGGAGCAGAAUACCAGAGGCCGUGGUAUCUGAUUGAAAGCAUGCCAUUUGUAAGGCCGCAUGUUAUUCCUCGACCAAUUGGAUUUGAUAACCACUUGUGCCCCAAUUCCUAUUUAAUGGCCGAACUUUAUACCUUCUGCACUUUUUUUGGUCCUUGUAUUUUUUAUAUAAAAUAUAUAGUUGAAAUAAAUUAAGAAAUAAGUCGCAAAUUUCGAUGUCUUCUUCAUCCAUUUUGUCACCGAUGUAUUU